AUGACUUCUCAUAUAUUCUCACACAUCGCACUGGCCUCCUUCGCAAGCAUCGCCAUUGACGUGCAGAAUCCAGGCAACACAGUUGAAGUAGGAGAUGUCUGUGGAGGAGGUCAACAUCACUAACUUUGUGUGACAAUGAAUCAUAUUGAACCGGCCAACCAAUCUCGUGCGUGUCAGUUUAUAUCAGCGCAAUGACGUCACGCACGUGCGUAAGACCACUUUCCUGACGUCACAACCAUUAGCAACAUCGUUAAGUGGAAUAAGUGGAGUGGUACUUGAAUACUACAUAUCCGUAUUAUGAAUGGAUUACCACAUGUUUUAACGGCCAGUUAACAAUUAAAUGAAAGAUUAUUUUUACAUACGUUUCCCGUAAAUGGUAUAUCAAUUUAGUGUAUUGUUGGAUUUCGAGACCUAAAACGUGGCAAUGCGCACGAUAGACUUUGUUUAGGUCACUUGAAGUCUCGACAAAGAAAUGUUCAUUAAUUCUUGGCAGCUUUACAUGGUGUGAUAGCGACGAUGUGUUGGUGGUGGCACACAGUCACAGUGGUUACUAGUGAGUGCAUGCAUCCAAUUAAGUGUCUUUCACUAGUGAGUUUUUGGACGCUCUCAAUUAAUAUAGUAACCGAUAAAUUGGAACUCUGGCCAAAAAUUGAUUGAACUCUCUUCGGUAAUACAAAUAAAGGGCCAGAAAUAGAUCACAUCGUAUAGGCACACAAAAAAUUGAGUACCAUUAAAACAAAAACCUAUCUUUUUACUAUCUUUAUAGUUCAAAGAAAAAAACAUAAAUAUACUCUAGAUCCACUAAAAAUAACUUUUAAAGAGUUUUUAAACGAAACUAGGAUUAGUCAUAUUGAGUUUUGAACGCUCUCUGGUGUUUAUUUAAUCUACGAAAUUUUCCGGUCUGUCAAGGCAUGCCCAUUGAAGAUUGCGCGCCAAAACGCGACUCAAAAACUCAAUAUAAAAAUAGAUUUUCAAUAAAAGACGCCUCUACCCCACCUCCUAUCCAAUUAUUACAUGAGAACGGUGGGAAAGUUAAUUAUGAGUAUAUACUCACUAUAUAUAACCCUGAACCUCUGAACAGACCCUUGCAUGUUCAUUAAUAUUAAACUAUGUUUCUCAAUCCGCUACGAUAUGACCUCCUCCACAUGCAACCGUCUCUAUAGCCGCUUUUAACUGUUGAUCUUUUCAACGAUUGAAUCUAGUAAUGUCUUUGUUUAAUUAAGCUCAUUCACACACGAAAAGUUCGAUGUUUGAAACAGACGGCCUAUAACCACAGCUAUAGGGGCAAAUAUUUGUAGAAAUUGUUACCUUGAACAGUCUUUGAUACAACAGUCAGUCAGGGAUACAACUCAGUAAAUGAAAAAUACAAGGAGAACUUGAAAGAUCUGUACUAGUGUAGGUAGUGGCAAUAAUGAGAAAGUUUCAGAUUGAUAGGGAUACAACUAAAUGAAAAAAACAAGGAGAACUUCGACGUUUCGAGCGAAGGCACUUCGUUGGGAUCGAAGUUAAUAUAUAGUCAACUGGCUACUUAGCUACUAUUAACUUCUUCUUGGCUCAGUAAUAACUACUAACUUCUUCUUGGUAACUUCUAUACGUCGAAGUUCUCCUUGUAUCUUUCAGGUAUAGUUGUAUCCCUAUCUUAUAAAUUGUUACCCCAUGCCUAUAUACCCUGUCAAAGCCAGCAUAUAUGCAUACUUGCAUUCAAUGACAAUGUGUUAUACUAAAUUCUAAAACAGUUACGGCGCAUGCAGAGUCUUAAAUGUUUGUAUUUUGCUUCAUCGAGUAUACUGAACUUUUUAAAUUAGCUCUAAUGCCAAUAAACACAAAUAAACAUGCAGUUUCGGUCAUUUAAAGAUAGGGUCCAGUCCAGUCUGCGCAUGCGCACACAGGAGUCUCCUGCCGUGACUUUAAUUAGGUUUUUAUUUCAUUUUAUGUUCUUGCAAAGCCUGAUUGUUGUAUCUUGAUCAUUUAUUAUACUGUAGAAGCAUGAAAAUAUAAACAGUUUUCGAAUAAAGUUCAAUAUUUUGAAUACCGAAAUGUAAACAAAGGCUUUGUUUACAUACGGACUGUACCCUACCUUUAAAAUUGUAAAAUGACGUCUGAAAUGUGUUUAAACCAAAACCAUUGGGUUAAUUUUGUGCGGUUUAUACCACUAUAAAGAAGAAAUCCAAUAUACCUUCGAGACACUGUCUGAGGUGGCCUGAGUAAAAUGUCAACAAGUACAAGAAGUUCAAGACUUACUUUGAAGUGUAUAGGAAACCACACAUUUCAUUAAUUCUAAGCAGAAACAUUUUCCCACAUUGCGUAGAAAUUACUAGAAUCGUUUGUAAUUUGCUUGCUGUUUUAGACUUGUUUCCUAGCAUUUGAUCGUACUAAACAUUGUUGGAAUGGUAAGAGCGGAUUAACCCAGCAAUAUAAUUAUCACACAUGUGAACAUUGCUGAUGUGAGAGGCAUGAUGUACUAUAAUCUCUGUUUUUCCUCCUUUUUUUAUACAUUAACCCAUUGAGCUUUAUACAUUAACCUAUAUUGUUCUCUCCUUGACCGGUAAAUCGUUAGAUCGACAUAGUAAAAUAAUAAAUUAGGGCACAAUGUAACUUGCUGGGUUAACUAUAUAGAAGCAGAUGGUCUGAUUAACCCCUUCUCCUUGAUGAGUAAAAUCGUCUGUCGUUAACAAAGUAGGGCACAUUAGGAAUGCAACUUAAUGGGUUAAAUAACUGACCUUAACGGCUUAAGGUUAAUCCCACCUGGCAGAUACCCUACACAAUUACGUUUAUUACUGUAGGAGUUAAAAGUCUCUUACUCAAGAACGUUCUCUUAUACAGGAGACAAAUUGGAACAGCAUUUAUCAACAUUGGAGAUUUUCUUCUCAUCAUAUAGUAACAUUUUAGUUGGUGUGAUGUCAGAAUACGUUAAUACCUCACUUAGAGACUGAGUAACUAUCAAAUAUAGCACGUUCGAAUAGCAAGAUAAAUGAAUUCAUUCAAAAUAUUGGAACAAUAUAUAAUCAUCGUUCUAAGAUGUUGCAAUAUUGAAACAGAAAAUGUUCAAUUUGUCCAAAUCAUGCUUUACAUGGACAUGAAUUCCAGUUGGAGAAGUAUAUGGGAUGUCAUCAAGCUUCACAGAUGAGUUGACUUUGAAACAGGUGACUUUGAAACAAUUCUACUUUUCUAGAGCUCUAAAUUCUCCCAAAAUAUAUUUUCAACAUUUAGACUUGUGUGGGUAUAUACUUGUAUUUCAAUUGUUUUAAAAAAAAUUCAUCUCUAGUUUCAUCAUCCCACACAAAAUAUUCUCUAUAGUGUUUACUCCCAACAUAGCAACAUUUUAGAGAAUUAUUUUGUGAGAAAAAAUGUCAUUGGAGAAUAUAGCCACAAUGUUUAUGUACACAUUGUCGAUUCCACCCAAAUUCAUUCUAGAAACUUCCAACUGACACUGAGGCAUGGCCAUAGGCAUAUGUUACAACCUUAUAUGGGAAAAGUCGAUUGCCCCCACUGUACGUUGCCUCCAUGCAUCAUCCUGAAAUUCAAGUACUUUAAUUAAUUUUCAAGGCCUCCACAUCAUAAUGAGAUCCUAACGGAUCCUAUAUAAAUGGCCAGUUUUCGAUUGCAGCAUUGCAGUCAGAGACAGAUCUUUCCAACUACAGAAGAAGAUUAGCAGACGACGUGGUUCUACACAACGUUCAGAGAGAAGAUAUUCAUCUAUAAGAAUGUAAGCGAUACAAAAAGAUUACAUGUAUAAUGGUAGCUUAACAUAAUUAUCAACUAUAAUUAAAAAGUGAAGGUUGUAACAGAAUGAGAAAAACCGAGCAGCUAUAUAAUAAAAAGUAGAGUGGCCUUCUUUAAUAUUGGAACCCAUAUCGAUAUCUCACAAGUAUGAUUUUUUAAAAAUGGAGAACCUUUUUAGAAAUGAAGAUAUUUAUCUCGUAAUGCUUGUUUGACUUGCAAUUAUUUGAUAGAUGUCGUACUCGUGUGAAGAGGACAGUCUGAGCAUGCUUGCUAACACAAUAAAAUGUUCUCUCUAGAAUUCCUUUUAUUUCAAAAGAAGCUUGAAGUAAUAUUUGAACAGUUAUAACAUGAAGAUUUUUGAGCACAGUAAAUGCUUCCUAUUUUCAUGUUUUGUUUGCUACACUAUACUGCUAGAUAUGAAACGUCUUUCCCAAGUCCAAGACAGCAAAACAGUUAUUCUUUCAUGUUCAAAUAGUUAACUGGAAAUUAUUGCUACUUAAAAUUAUUGAGCCAUCACGAAACCAUACGAAUAAGUUUUGUGAUUGGUUGAUUACAACAAUGAAACACAUAGUGUGGAAUAUUUUUUUACAUAACGACUCAUCUUGCACUUUUGAUUACCGAAUCACAAAUUUUAGCAACGUCCUUACUGAAAUUAUUUUCUAAGAAUGAUCGAUAUAUAAAAAUACAAGACCUUCAAGUUUACAGCAACUAUGGUAAUUUUUGUUUUUUGGUCAAUGAAAUAUGUCUUUGUAAAACUCCUUUGACCAUAGGGGGUGCUUUCGGCUUCCUAAACUGACUUAUAUAACUGAUUGGAUGAAAUAAUUUUCUAAAAAAGCACAGUUCACUUCAUUUAAGCAAAAUGGCUCAUUAUCAGCUAUAGAAAUCGUGCUGUCCACAAGUGUCACUAAACUACAAUACCGAAACAUGUAGCCGCGUGAAACAACACGUUCAUUAAACUCAACUAAUGAGAUGAGCCCGAGGGGGAAAUAUUUCAGGUAACGUCGGCAAUACUUUAAUUUUUAUGUUUUCAUAUUUGAAGACAAUUAUAGCCUACAGCGAGUUCAUUGUGUAGCAUGCACUCACAGCACUACAGAAAUUACUCUUUCUCCUUUGAAAAUGCAAAACAUGAUAAGGUGCGGAGAACGUGAAUGCUAAAUAAGGCUUCAACUCAUGACUUUAUCUUUUGAAUUAUCUUGCGAACCUGUAAAAACUUUGAACUAACUCUGAGUCGAUGAAAGUUGACGAGUAUAUGCAUGAAAGUUGACAAGAAGUUGGCGAACGAGUUGCUUUUCUCACUGAAGUAUCAGUGGUUCCGCAAUGAUCAUGCAGUACUUCCAAUGCAUUUGCAUAUUUUGUUGCUCCGAGACAUUUGAGAAAAGGUUUUGAGUUAGUUUUAUUUCAUAUAAUAGCGUUUUGUAAUCUAUACUCACUAUAUGUUUCUUUUUAUUCCGUUUAUAUAUGUAAUUCGAAGGAUAAAAAAUUAUUAAUUUUCAAAACUUGCCUCUCAUUGAAUAAAGACUUACUUUAUAGUUGUCACAAACGAUUUACUUCAUUAACAGCCGCAGAGAUUCCAACCCACAUGAUUAGAACAAGUAAUGAAUAUGAUACUGCCAGCAAGGUUUGUUACAGAAGAAAAACAAAUUGUUUCUGUUUACUUACUAAUUGAUACAAUGGUUACUUAGUUUGAUCGAAACCGAUCUACUGUAACAUCUUGCGUUUGAUGGUAAAUAAUGUAAAUAGCUCAUGAUUGUAUCUGAAUAUAGCUCAUGAUAUUGAAUAGCUGCUCUAUUGUCAAAUUGCAUAUUUUCUAUAAGAGGCUUUAUUUUUUAAACUGUUCUGAUUGAAUUAUUUGAAACAUUUACAACAGAUAAGUGGUUAAGAAUAAUUUCUGAACAAUAAAACUGAUGAAUACUAAUUCAGAUAUAUUGUAUACAUAAUAGUUUUAGAAUGGGAAAAAUGUAUGAUGGUUAUAUCAUGACUUAGCAAUACCAAAUCAUUCUCUUUUCAUGCAUGCUUGAAUGGAACAACGAUUGACCAUGCAUGCCUUAGAUUUUCUCUUUUUUCAUCCAGUUUUUUGUGAAUUGUAGGUGGUUUGACUUAGGAACUUAAAAGAUAACACAAUAUCAUUAGUGGAAAUAAUAAACCAUCAUAUAUCCUUUGUACAUAACCGAAAUAUUUUAAUUUCGAAUUAUUUCUCCACCAAAUUAAAAACUGGAAAUCAGUUUAUAAGAACCUUUCUUUCUCGCAAUGUCAAUCAAUAAAUAAAUGUUUAAUGAAUGAAUUAUAAAGAUACAGAAGUAUAUUCAUGAUACGAAACGUUCUGGUCACAAAUGCUUAUGUAACCGGCUGGAAAGGCGAGGUCUAUUCUCAACACAGUUAAAAUACGAUCGGAAUUUAUUAAACAGGAUUUUCAUGAGGUAAAACUCGUGGUGUUUCUAAAAACAGGACAAUUUCAUUUACAAAGUCUUGAACAAUGUUUGUUAGCUAACUGGAGUAAACAUCAUGAAUGCAGUGAUCAGGCAGUUUACAUAUUUUCAUUAUCCAAUAUUGAUCGUUUAUUUCUAAUGAGUCUCGGAAGCAAUUGAGAGUAACUAUAGUAUAGAGUAUAAAUACGCAUCACACGACCUGCAGAGGUCUGAUAUUAACCGUAUAUUUUGAAACGUGAGGAAGGGAACAGGUUUUAAAAGUUGGCUAAGUGACAAAAGGUAAUGUUUCCUUCAUGUAUUUUCAUGUCCAUGUAGUAGUUUUCAUGUAAGGGAAUUUUCAAAAGAAUAUUUUAGCAAUGUUUAGUUUUACUCCAAGAAACGUGUCAUGACGUGUUAUGUAUACUCAAUCGGUCUCAGUCUUAAAACUUUAAUUAAUGGUUGGUUUGAGAUCUCUUGUAUCAAGUAAUUAAAGAUAUUUAUUUCAUUGUGAGCUACGUUAUUCUUUCUUGGUACAGGGCAUGUUUUAUAAAAAGUAAGAGCAUAAUAUAUAUUAAGGUAACGUGAUAAACCUUUUAAGCAUUUACGGACAUUUGAAAUGCUUCUGAUUACUUUUAUGGACGUUUUGACAUGUAUAUAUAAGAAGAAUAAAUAUGCAUGCAUGGUCGGUAGUAUUUCAACAUGUCAAAACUGAUUUUUUGUAAUUUGUAAAAUGUUAACAAUUGCACAUUUAUAUUGUAAAGUAUACUGUACUUAGUGUACAUCCAAAGAUAGGAGCUUGACCGCAUGAAACAAUAUUUCUUUCUUUCAAGAUUGAUAGCUUAAUCCAAUGUGUGAAUAAAUCACAUAUUUCUAAAUUACGCACAACUAUUGCUCAAUUAAUUAAUUUGUCAGCAUAUAUAGCCUAUAUAGGCUGCACUUCAGUCAUUCGAAUUUCAUUCCUCUAUUUGUUGAGAUUUUUGUAUCAUUGAAUCGUUUCAUUUUUAUCAUAUUGUCAAGCAUUCUCUUCUCAUUUUGAAUUUUAUGCUCUUCAAUUCAAUUUACCUUUACCUCAAAUCCGGUACUAGUCGAAACACUCUUAUACAACUAUAGAACUUCGAUAUGUGUAUAAUUAUUGGUUAUACUUGUCAUACAUAUAUACAGCUAAUUCAAAAAAGGUUGUCCUCCUUGGCUUUGCAAGGUUUUAAACUCUAAACCUUAAAAUCUAUAAGCGUGCAAAGCAUAAUGGGAGCAUCGUUUAAUUAGUUUAGAAAUCAUAAAGAGAUCAUACAUACGUGGCCAUGGGGCACAUUUCUUAGAGACAUGGGGCCGGUUGUUCAAAGCUGGGUUAGCUUAACCCUAGGUUAACCUAAAAUUCAAAGCAAACUUCCUGACAGCAUGUCUAUAAAUUUGGAAAUAUUUAUUCAGAGAUCUUGUCUGGAUUGAUAGGAGUUUUCUUCUCUGAAGUUUUGAAAUAAACAGACGUGCAGAAAUACACAAACUAAAACAGCAGGCUAAACUGACAACCGGGCCCUGUUCAUUCACAAAUAGCUGCAAUAUAUGCGCGCUUAGAGUUUACGGUUUAAGGCUUAGUUUGCAAAGGACAACUUUUUUUGAAUUGGCUGUAUAUGUGUACAGUUGUUUGAACAUGCAGUUAUAUUACUUUUGAACUGUUUUUGCCAUUGUAGGUAGUGAAAAUAUAUGAGAAUUUCGACGUUUCGAGCGAAUACCCUUCGUUUGGAGUCCUGAACUUCGCUCGAAACGUUGAAAUUAUCAUAUCCUUAUAUAUUUUCAGGUAGUUGAAUCCCUGUACGAACGAAAGCUUGUUCAGUUAUAUUACUUAAUAUACGUGUUUCAAAGUUGUGUUAGCUACCCCCAAUUAUCAUUUUGUUUAAGUGCCACUAUAAGGUUGGUUUAAUAAAGUACCAUAUAACAAAGGUCUACCUUUAAACUCUUUUUUGCAAGAAGUGUUUCAUAUUCAAUAUAGAACAUAUAAACAUCCAUAAUUAUACAAAAUGAUUAAAUCUAAUUAUCAAGUGAAAGGAAAUUUACUAGACUAAUUAGAGGACUCACAAAUUGCUUUGAUUGUCAUUGAUAACAACGGUUUUAUAAUUGUCAUUGUCAUUGAAAUGAACGAUUAAAUCGACAUUCUGAUUGAAAUUAACUGUUAAAUUGACAUUCUGAUUGAUAUUAACGGUUUUAUAAAUGCUAAAAAUUAUUAAAAAAAGAUAAACAUGUAAGCCCGGAAAUGCUUAAAGUUUACAUAUAUUUCUUUUGACUAUGGUUUAGUAAACUAAGAUUCAAUCAACUUAAUUUUGCUAAGGGGGAAAUUGAUUUGUCCGCCUCCGAGUAAAAAAUACUUUGUUAAUUGUUGAUCUAAUUUGCCACUGAUUUUCGCUAUUUUGACUAUGUUGAUAUCGCAUAUUUGUAACACUUUUUUUAAUCUUUCCAUAAGCACAUGAACACAUAAAGCGAAUAUUUUAUCUCAAGUUUGAUAUGUAUAUAUGUAGUGAGUUUCCCCACAAAUGAAUCCCACGCUUCAAUACCUUGGCAACUUAGUGAAACAGAACGGGUAAGCUAUCCCUACUGACGCCGAUAAAUUAUAAAAUGAGUGGGCAACGAACCUCUGCAAAGAGAAUGCGAUAGAUACGAAUCAUAAAUACACGUUAUAUAUAUAAUCAACACUCUUGAGAAAGAAUACAUUUAUACACAUACUGUAGCAAGUUGAAGCUCUGUACUCCUGUAGCAUUUUUGCUGGUAAGUAAUUACUUCUUUUCCGUUACCUUCAUGUUCUAUAUAUUUUUAAGGAAUCUUGCAUGUUUUUUACCAAAGAAUUUUGUCCCGUAGCAAAUGCCUUGUGAUGCAGUUUGUGAUACAAGCUAUAUAUGUUUAUAAUUUUGACUUCUUUUCAAAAGAAGUAAAUUCAUUCAUUGUUAGGAAAACAAUCGAACAGGAAAAACUGUUGCAUUGAAAAAAUAUAAUAUUUUUUAAAAAUUACGUAGCUAUAUAUAUCAUAUCUUUCUUCAACUGUAUAUGCGUUAGCUGUGGGAUAACUUUAGAUAGUUUAUAUGAGCACAUAAUAAUAUAGAAGACUGCCUAUAUAUGGAAUGGUUCGUAGGUCGCGCAUAAUUAUACAAGCUGUUACAACAUAUGGCAAACUUAUUUUAGUAAUAGUAGUAAAUUUACACACAUGUAACGUGGUAUAUAUUGAUUAUAUUACUGCAUAGAUUGUUGGCCUUCCUGUCAACAAUUAGUUCCAUUAAGUCGCGAUUAAACAAUCUCUAAGGAACUGAGAAGCAAUAUUUAAGGCAUGGAGCGGGACUUGAAGGCGCAGUCGACGUCAUUUCAAUAAUGUAUUACCUCUUCGAAACUUCAUUUAUCUGAAGAGGGAAAUUCCUAUAUCUCUUCAAGUACAUAUCAAUGAUUGUAAUAUGAAUACGAGUUAGAUCUAAAGUUUCAAUGGUUUAACAGGUUGGGACAUUAACGAGCGGACGGAUAUUCAGCUGGUAUGAAAUCUCAAAUGAUCAAACGUGCGGCUCCAGAGUAAGAUAGUGUUCCAUAAUUGAAGCUGCCAUAGUUUUGUGUCUGAACUACUCAAGAUGGUUAAAAAAAGCACUUCGAGUGGCUCGUAAAUAUCAGUUCUCUAAUUAUACCCACAAGAAGUUUGAAUUGAAAGAAUCGUUUCAGUCAAUACAUGACCAUGAAACUCUGAAGCGAAAUUCCUCUAUUACCUUUUUAAGAAAAGUCACCGAAUUCAAAGGCUGGUCAAAUUAUUGCUAUGACACUAUAUGGGAAUAAAACGCCAUAUGCUCAAGCAAAAUAAAAUUCUAUUCAUUCUUCUUUAUGUUAGUUGGUAGCAGUAUUUGAUAACUACUACAACAACUAUGUUUCAACGAUCCUUUCUGUCGACUAGAGGACUUGGCUAAGAUAUGCACUUGGUAAAAUGUAAUUUUAGUGUUUGAAACAACACGAGUAGUAAUAACAACUUUAAUAAACAUGUAUAAAGAAUAGCAAAAUUUCAAAAAUAGGAAUGAUAGUAAAAAUAACAACACUAGGAAGGCGGCUUUAGUUCAAAGGCAAUUCUCAAAGAAUAAAGAAGCCGUCUCGUUCAUGUUUGGGUUAGCAGUAAUGUUGUUUACGUCAUUGUGGUAACGGCCUGUUACAAGUUCGUUAAGUUCACUUCAAAGCAUGUAGGCGUCCAUCUUUGUUUACGUUGUAACAUUAUGAGCAUGCGCAUACUCAAUUAUAAGAUAAUAUUUGUAACGGCAGAAUAAAUGCCGUAGUUAUCGUGUUACAAUCCAAAGACAAAUCUAUGCAAAUGAAUUUUCUUAAGUCAUGUGGUCCAUACUAAUUAUUGUGCUUGCGUGGUCGUCAGCUGAACAUCUAAAUAUAUAUAACUCAUAGUCAUAUAUCACCUUCAUUGAAAUCACUGCAGUAAACCUGGUUCCAUGCAUGCAUGUACGUACUACCAUUUCAUGACUCGAAGCGUGGUUUCCAUUUGGUCGCACCUGUUGCACCGGCGGUCGUUUCCUCAUAUGAAAGAUCUUGUCUUUUAUAUGUUUCACAAACACAGUAACAAGCAGCUGUUGUACCGGUCGUUUCCUGAUGUGAAUACGAUCUUGUCGUUUGUAUGUUUUACAAACACAGGAACAAGCAGCUGUUCAGGAGCCCUCGUCCUUUUUGGACGGAGGUUUCUGAAGCACUUUCAUGGCAAUAAAAAUUACUGUUUCAACAACUAAGCUGCGUAAUAUGGAUAUGAAUACUAAAUUAUACAUUGGCUGGCGUGACCACCACACGACUCAAUGGAAAUUAACCUUUACAUAAAUUACAGCAUGUCAAAAAGCCUUGUUACAAACUUUCUAAACCUAUGUUAUAUUUGUUUUUUAGAAGCAACAUGAAGACUACUGGAUCCAUGCAAGUAUUUUCAAUCAUAUUAAUGCUCUUCGUAACAACCAUGGAAGCGAGACCCAAAAAAGCAGAGUUGCGAUUGGCAGGUAAAACACCAUCAUUGAAAAGCAUUAUCCUCUUUCCAAAAGCGCGAAGUUGGUGCAGAGCUCAGGAAAUCAGCCACAUGAUCGACCAUGAGGGCUGCGAAUCAACUAAACUUCAAAACAAGUUCUGUAUUGGUCAGUGUUUCAGUUAUACAUCACCAGAUAUUAUGCCACGAAAUUCGGAGCUGCGUUUGAGCUACUGCGAUAGUUGUCAGCCCACUAAGACAACUUGGCAAAAAGUUCAAUUAACAUGCGAUGGAGGCAAGACAGUUGAGAAAUUAGUUGAGCUUGUUUUGGAAUGCAAGUGUAAAGAUUGCAGAAGAAAUAAUUAUGGUCAAUAA